UCUGCAUGAAUGAGACAGAAAGUUUUGGUGUAGGCGUCUUGGAUCCAGCCCAACUGUUGUGCUAAUAUAAGACUGUGCUUGUAUCAGCAGGAUACAGCUUUUUUCAGGACGCUUGGAGAGAGACGAUGGGACAGAAACUGAUGGGACACACUGGGGCUGUCUGCGGGGAUGCUGUGGUAGAUAUGAGCCCAGACAAGUCAGUGCUCAUCCUCCUAAAACACUGCCAGGACAUGAAGCAACAGGAGACAAGACUCAGGUUCAUCACUCUGUUCCUGUUGCUUGGCUGUACAGCACUUUUCAUUUUUACCAUCUGUGCUGAUUUACGACAGCAUGGAAGCUCUGGAUUCAGUGGACAGGGGAACCCAGCUGAGCACAGUCUAGCCUACUCCAAGCAAGAGUGCAGUCACACAAAAGCUGCUCAAAAUGAAUUCCAAAGUGUGCGCAAUGAUCUUAGGUCAGUGUUUGAAAACAAUGUGGAUAAUAAAACGUACAUGAAAUGGCAGCCUGUGAUUGGUGAAAACUACAGCGAGAAGGAACGGGCCAUUGUGAUUCCUGUGACGGGCUUCUACUUUGUCUAUGCACACUUUGCUUUAAGAUGCCACGAUAAGGAUGAAGGUUUCAAGAGGUUCUCUGUCCAGCUGCACAGACGGCCUUUUGGAUACAAUGACAAUGUCUCCCUGACAGAUUUCCGAGAUGCUAUCAAGUGUUCUUCAGAACCAUACCGGAAUAUCUUUGUUGGACAGCUUUUUGAAUUGGAGAGAGAAGAUCAGGUGAAAGUGUGGCUCCGCGAAGGCUACAAACUGAUUGCAUCAUCAUCAUUUGGUAUUUUUCGCAUAUAGAAAAAAAUACUUCUGUGUGAUCAUUGUUUUAGUCUCAGUUUUUAAUGUUUUUUUUAAUGAAAACAUUAUUUGGUGUUAUUUAAGCUUUAUAUGUUUUAAAAUGUUUUCUGUAAUUUAUUCUGUUAAUUACACUAUAUAUUAUUUGCAUAAUAUAAACAGAGGAGUGCCAUGUUUGAGUCAGACAUGUAUUUCAGAUAUAGUCAUAUAGACUGUACUGGAGGAGUGGACAAUAUCUGUAAAAAGAUACUCAUUUGCUGUUUUGACGAUGGCAUUGGAGAGGCAACUGGCAAAAAUACUCACCAUGUGGCUUCUUUUAUUUAUCACUUAUAUGAAUGUAAAGUAUUUACUAUAUACAAUGUAGAUAACAUUGUCUCGACUGCAUUAAAGCAUCUCUAUUGCCUUUA